GUGGCCUCUUACUCUUUCUAUGCCUCUCACCUUUUUGCAUGUGCAGCUGAAACUUAUUCUUCUACCGCACGCCACAUAUGAGCGUUGAUGGGUUGUUUGACACUCUGAGGACAAUUCUGCAGAGGCAAACAUCACCCCGAAGAAUCCUCUAAAACUUGGAGAAAGAAAGAAACUCAGCUGUUCCAUUGAUCGGCUUACAAUGAAGCUGCUGUUUGCCCUCCUCAUUUCCACUGCCUGGACUUUCACUGGUGCCCAGUAUUACUACCAGGGGCUGAUGGAUUAUCUGGAGAACAGAUUGUUGGCUAUUGAGGACCGCAUGCAGCUGUGGCAUGAGCAAUCCCAUCGGUACCACACAGAGAUGAAGGAUUUCAAAAAGCUGACUGCUGAAGCCAUGGAUGGACUAAAGAAUCACCACAGCAUGCUCUUCAAAGACUUGGAAGGAGCAGCUGCUCGAGUGGACCGAGUGGAACAAGAGAUGGACUACGUGGAAACCCAGAUGUCCCCUCGGGCCUGUACGAACAGGGCAGAUAAGGUAGUGGAGCAGGAGGCCUGGGAGCUGGAGGAAAGCAGAGGUGAGGAAGAGGAAGAAGAAGAGUGGGAGGAGCUGCAGUCUAGAGUCUCUGACUGUGUGGAAAUAAUUUCUGGCAUCCGAUCAGUGAAAAUCAUGAAGCGAGUGGGCAGUCCCAAGGGCAUGUGGACCAGAGACCCGAGAUCCUCCAAGGUUUACAUUUUUAAUGGCACGUCAGGAAACACCAUCUACCAAUUCAAAUCUGUACUUGACUUUUCACGCUCCCUGGGAGUCACAGGCAGCAGAAGCAUCAGGCUUCCCUCUGAAUGGAGCGGCCCUGGUAGCGCUGUUUACAAUGGCUAUUUGUAUUACAUAAAGCAGGAGGCUGAAGCAGAUAUGCAUGUGGUUAAAUAUGACCUUCUGAGUGGCUCAGUGACAGAAACUACCAUGUUCCCUGUGGAGGGCCGUGCCACUGUUUAUAACCUCAAUCCAGAGACUGUUGCAGACCUUGCAGCAGAUGAUGGGGGUCUCUGGCUCUUGUAUGCCCCCAGUGACAGUGAACCAACCAUCAGCCUAGCAAAGAUGGACGCUGCCACUCUUGAUAUAGAGCAAAUCUGGGACACUCGAUGCCCGCGGGAAAAUGCAGAGGCGGCUUUUGUAGUGUGCGGGACUGUCUAUGUCGUUUACAACACCCGUCUGGCCAGUCGCUCGCGGGUUCAGUGUGUCUUUGACGUCAACGACAUGGUGCUCAGUGAAGAGGCUCCACUCAUCUACUUCCCCAGGAGGUACGGGGCCCACGCUAGUCUGAAAUACAACCCUGAGGAGAAGCAGCUUUACGGCUGGGAUGAUGGCUACCAAAUUAUUUAUAGACUGACCAUGAAGAGGAAACUCCUGGCUUGACAGCAGAGAAGUGGUGUCAUAUUUUCAAAGACAUAUAAAAAAAUAGGAACAGGGAAUUUAUAUAGCCUAUCCACCUUUUCCCUAUUCAUGUGAUACUUUGUUUCUGCAAUAGUUAAGCCACAUAACAUCCCUUUCUUCUCAGAACUUUAAGGGUUCUUUUUAAAUUAUGGUUAAACAUAGCCUUUUUACACCUUGACUAGAAAGCUAAGAUUUGCAUAAAUUUUGGAAGUUUGAUUUUUCUCAUUUCUAAAGUGUGUUUUUAUAUAAAUAUGAAUGUUUUCACAGAAAAUAAAUGAUAAGAUGACAUGCUAAUUACUGGCCUUUGGCUGCGGUUUCACAUUUUAACUUAAGGGAAGGUUAUCUGAACAAUUAAAGAGUGCACCUUUGAAGUAAAUGGAACAAAAACUCCACCAAGUGAACCUUUUCCUCUUAUUUGUGUGAUGUCUGGUCUGGUCUUAGUAUCAAGUCAACAACUUAGAAUUUCUCACUGUCUAUGAGAUGCGUGGGAAAUGACUAUGUGAAUUUCUGCAAAAAUAAAAUAAAAGGGUCCAAUGUAACCUCUACCAGGCAAAGCUGACACAUUUUAAGGAAUCCACACAACUGACAUUUUUAAUAGUUUUCAUCAUAUUUCUGUUUGCAUAAAAUCUAAGCUGAGACAUGUAAUACCUUCAGUGUGUCCUGGGUGUAUUCUGGGGGCUCAUGCCUGGAACAACUUAUUUAGGAGUUGCCCAGGAGGCAUCCCGCCCAGUCAGAUACCAAAACCACCUCAGCUUCACAGAGAUGAUUCAUAUCAUGAAGAAUAUCAUCUACCGCUGCCAUUUCCAGUUUAAUAAAACACACAGAUUCAGCAAGCGCACGCUUCACAGUCUUUGUCAGGGUAAUGAGAAACUAGUUCAUCAGUUGUUUUGCUAAUACACACCUUAAUCUUCAUCGAUAUAUUUAAUCCCCAAUCUAUGUCAUACAGUGCUGAAGACUUAAUUCAACUUGGAUUCCUUUAAAUUCUUCUAUUGUCAUGCCUGUUUUUUUCUGAGCUCAAUGCUUUUUUUUUUGAUUGCAAAAAAAAUUCCUCCAUCACUGGUCAUUGGUAAAUAUGAUGAUCACUGGAUUAAUUUAUUACACGUCUUCACCAGAAAGAUGAAGAUGUCCAGCAAGAUGCAGGAGACUGUCAACAUACAUAAAAUAAUAAAAGACGUGCAGCAUAAAUCAGUAAGACUCUAAUCUUGUCAUUUUGCAUUAAAUAGUAGAACAUUGAGGGGUUUUUUAAAUUUUGUUUUUUUGGUCUAGAGUCUUGUUGUCUGUGCGCCUUUCUGUCACCAGUUUU